AUGUGCAACUCCCUUGUGGCUCGCGUCUGUGGCAUGUGCCAGCUACUCAAGGCCUACAUUUCCUGCGUGUUGUUAGUGACAACAGUUGCCAUGAAUAAAACAGCAUCUCCAGCCUGCGAGGAUCUAGCGUGUGAGAACAGCAAUGUGUGUCAAUCAUCAGUCAUCAACAACACACAUACAGGACACACUUACUGCUCCUGUAUAGGAGAGUGGGCAGGACUCCGUUGUGAGCUAAAACUCUUCGUCUCUGCCCAGUCUGUAACCAGUCAGAUGGCAGUCCUGAAACUUCAUGGUCGUCCCUGGCCACAUAAGAAAAGAGGCACACUUCAUGAUCUGUUUGUGUCGGAG